UACCCUGCUUCAACCUCUUCCGUUGUCUUUCAACAUCCUUCCUUCCUCUUCCAACCUUUACCUUUCUCGCCAAACCUUUCGCAACCUCUCCCAAUCUCACUUCCAGGGGCCCUCGUUUCUUUUCAUCUUCUUUCCCAUCAAACCUCCAACCCUCGUACACCAGUCUCAGCUUCAAGGAACAACCGCUUGUAUAAUAGCGCUCAGUGACCCGGCCUUGGACAGGCCAGGACUCAUGACCGACGCGUGCAAGAACAUAGAUCUGCCCAUGGGGGCAUUUUCGAUCCAUCACCGGGUAGGUUCAAAUUCCCCUUUCCUGCACUCUAUCUCUAUCCGCCCCUGCCAUUUUACUAUGCAGUUUACUUCCCAUCCCCGUUUUCAUUCCCGUGUACUCAAACGGCAUAUCCAUGUUAUCACGUUGAUUCACAGUCUGAAGACUGUCCAUCAAUGUGGGAAGCCGGUAUUCAUCGCAUUGUCUUCCAUUACCUGUAUCAAGUGUAAACGCUUCACAGGAUGGCUUUUUCCCAGUAUAAAAAGCGCUCUCUUUUUCCCGGAUCGAACUUGUUCUCCCUCUUCUCUCGCCUCUCCCAUACCCCUAAAAACUUGCUUCCCCAUUCCGUUCUCUUUGAUAUUACCGCUCUCCUGGUCUCAUUGCCAGUGACACGUCUGCUUUUCUUCCAUCAUGGAGGAGUUCGAAGUCGUCAACAAGCUUACCGGCGGUCUCCGCCACCUUCGGGUUCGUGAAGCUGACGAAGUCGCCAAGUAUUCCGUUCCGGUUGAGACCGUACCUCGCCCAGGCUUCAACACUACAGGUAAAGAGAUAGCCA